UCCUAAAAAUACCCAUUAGCAGCAGCAACUCCCACUAUUCAGGCUGUCCUCUCGAUGCCAGCCUGCAGGAGUCAACCGCUGCAGAAAGGACUAACAUCUCAGGGUCUAGGGUACAGUCAUUGAAGCGUCCUCAGUUUAACUGUCCCACCUCGGCCUUCUUUCUUUCUUUUUGUGCGUCGGUCAGAAAAAAGUAAAGUGAUUUGUUCGGAGGUGAUGCUGUUCUCAGUUUUUCCUGGAUUCUGACAGCAGUUUGUUCACUUCAGGACCAGCCUCUUCUCACUAGCCUUAUGCACAAACCUCUGGAGGAUCCGGCAAAAUCACCGCCCGGCCGGUACCUCCACAGCAGAACUCUGCAGGUCCACCACUGCCAUCAGUGCUGUCCACACAAUGUAAACUGGACGUGGAGCUCAUCCUUUGAGAAGGCUCUGUUACAGACGCUCUGCCGAACUUUCUCGUGAGGUUCUAAGAUUUAGUGUCUUUAUGCCUGUGACUAAAAACAUAUUUUUCUGCUGAAGACCAGUGAGAAAAUAAUCUGGAUCCUGUACAUUAGGUUUCAGUCCUUAAUAUAUCCAUCAACCGAUUAAAGGCUGGUUCAGCCUCUCUGCACAUGAAGAGCACUUUUUUUUUUUUUUAUUCAAUUUAUUGAACACAACUUGAACAUGAGAGAGUUGCUUCCCACCCCAGUGAGGCGGAAGCAGGAACGCCUCCCCAGCCUUCCUUCUCCUUCCUCUCACUCCUUCCCCAUCACCUCCUUCUCCAUCCAGACCUCCAAGAAAUUUCCAUUCUUCCAUGUGGUUAAGUCCUGCAGAUACGAAGCUGAGAAUGCCUUCUUCUCCAGCCUAAAGCUUGAUGACUUCAACAUCAUUGAUACUCUGGGAGUGGGAGGAUUUGGACGAGUUGAACUGGUGCAACUGAAGAAUGAGGAAGCUAAAACAUUUGCAAUGAAGAUUCUGAAGAAACGUCAUAUUGUGGACACGAGGCAACAGGAGCACAUCCGCGCAGAGAAACACAUUAUGACUGAGGCGCACUCAGACUUCAUCGUCAGGUUAUACCGGACGUUUAAAGACAGUAAAUAUCUAUAUAUGUUGCUGGAGGCAUGUCUAGGAGGAGAAUUGUGGACCAUUCUGAGAGACAGGGGUUCAUUUGAUGACUUGACCACAAGGUUCUACACAGGCUGCGUGGUUGAAGCAUUUUCUUACCUGCAUGCCAAAGGCAUCAUCUACAGAGACCUGAAACCUGAGAACCUGAUCCUGGACAAUCGAGGAUAUGCCAAACUGGUGGAUUUUGGUUUUGCAAAGAAGAUCGGCGUCUGCAAGAAGACAUGGACGUUCUGUGGCACGCCGGAGUACGUUGCUCCAGAGAUCAUCUUGAACAAAGGUCAUGAUGUCUCAGCAGAUUACUGGUCUCUUGGGAUCCUGAUGUAUGAGCUGCUUACUGGCAGUCCCCCAUUCUCAGGUCCGGAUCCAAUGAAAACAUACAACAUCAUUUUGAGAGGCAUUGACAUGAUUGAGUUCCCCGAGAAGAUCACAAAAAAUGCUUCAAACCUCAUCAAGAAGCUCUGCAGGGAUAGUCCAUCAGAGAGACUCGGAAAUCUCAAAAAUGGAGUUAAGGACAUCCAGAAGCACAAGUGGUUCGAAGGGUUUAACUGGGAAGGGCUGAGAAAAGGAACACUGACUCCACCCAUCGUACCUACGGUGUCCUCUCCAAUAGAUACCAGUAACUUUGACAGUUUUCCAGAGGAUGCAGACGAGCCGCCACCUGAUGAUAAUUCAGGAUGGGACUAUGACUUUUAAAAAGUCUGCCUGUCUGAGACGGUUUUACAGAUGAAGACCAACAAGGCAAAAAAGUUGACUGUGGAGCUUUAUGUCUGAAAUGAACUCAUCAUUCUUUAAAAGAGCCUGAGGUGUUGAUGAAAGCAAAGGAAAAUUAUUCAUUGGAAA